AUGGCGCAGCCAAGGAUGCCCGAACUGGUUGAGAUGGUCAGGAGGCAGUACCAUAGGUUUCCUUCCGACACGUGGGAAACCACACGGCUCGCACUCGAAAACCCAGAGCCCCACCGCCUCUUCGAACACAUCGAGACACUCAUCUCUACGCGCAAGAUUGAUGCCAUCCUCCGAAAUAAUUCAGGCUUCCGUGGACUGAUGGCAAGCCUAUACGGCCAACGUUACGGAUGGCUUCAAGAUGCGGACCUCGGAGGAGCUCGUUGGGAGUCUACUCAAGAAGAGGGCGUCGAGGAUCUCGCCACACGAGCCAAAGAGGCCGAAGUCAACAGCCGAGAAGCAGAGGCGCGGAAGAGAGAUAUUAUGCUCCGGAAGAUUGUCGAAGGUACCGAAGAUCUGGAUAGGUGGGCCAAGGUAUUGGGCUUCGAGGGCGUUGUCUUCUCUCCGGCCGAGAUCGAGGCAGUUGCGGUAAAGAUGAAGGCCGAAUCCGGGUCAAUCGAAGGCGAGGGACAUCCGGGGUAUGGUGUAGGAGAAGAGAGAGAGAAGUUUGGUGGCUUAGACGCUACAGCGUGUCUGGACGGACCCGAGGGCACCUACGGUCUUUCAACGUACGUGGGUCAGUCCAGCCUCGUUGCUGGCGUAGAGCCAACGCAACCUGAGGCGGUACCACGAGCCCCAGCAGAGGGCGGAGAAGCACCGAGAAACCCCUUUACCACGGAGUGGCGUGCGCGUGAUAACCCUGGAGGCUUUAAGUGGCCGAAUACAUACGACCCCUAUUACACCAGCGGCCAUUACAUCAAGAGGUCGAAGAAGUACAAGCUUCCCGAGUAUCAUCUGCCACCAGAAGAAGAGGAGGAAGAGGAAGAAGAAGAUGGCGGUGAGGAUGUCUCGGCUGAUGAAGGAGAAGAGCGCGAUCAGAGUGGCGGAUCGAUGACCCCGACUGCGUUAGCUGCGACGGCCACGACCACUCAGACUUGGACAAAGCCUGUUUCGACCAGAAUCACACGUUUUCGAGGAGGGGGUACCAAAAGAAAUGAAGGGAGAGAUGGCAGAAAGGAUUCAAGGAUACCGAAACCUACGGCGAGCGUCCCGACUGCCACCGCCCGACUGCCGGAAGGCAAUGAAGGAAUACGAGCUUCUGUCCAGAUCUCAGGUGUUAGGGGGCAAUCGCCUCCAGAGUCUUCGCGCCCUGUGAUACCGUCUUUCGUUGUCGACACCCGGGCGAGGCCUGCGCAUGGGGAGACGGUACGGACUGAGUCGACGACAGCUGAUCCGUCUGCCCCAUCCAUCUCCGUUACCGAUACUUCACAGACUGAGCGCACGAGGCCCGCAAACCAAUCUGGACGCGGUACUCUUGUCUUCAGAACACCUUCACCCGCCCUGGCCCCUCCGUCAACACACCCUCGCAUCUACACUCCCCCACGAGAAUUGAUUGCUCUUGAAUCCGGGUCGCCCAGCGACGCAUCGGAGGAUUCCGACGUCGAUAUGAUCGAUGUCGAAAAGGAAGAUGCUGACGACGGCGAGACCUCUGAUAAUCUUCUCAGCCAACCCUUCGACGAACAGUGGCUCAUCAACUGGCUGAAGCGAGACAUCUCCACCACCGACGAGGACCUGCGCAUGAUCGAUUACAAGGGCUGGCGCGUCCACUCGCCCAAGAUCCAGCUCAUACGGAUCAAGAACUUCCUCGCGGACGAGGACAUUGACCGCACGCUGGACUGGGAGCGCAAGUUUGCCGAGAUUGGCGAGUUCCUGCAGCACUGCGUCCGGAUGGAGGGCGCCACCGACAAGGACUGGUACGUCGACUUGAGGGAAGCGAUGGGCAUGCUGCGCACGCACUGGCUGUUUGAAGAGCACCACUACGGCGAGAAGAAGCUCGUCGUCAACUUCCCCGAGAUGAGCACGACCAGCACGAGACUGCCGCCGCUGCUGGACGGGCGCGAUCUCGUCGUUGAGAAGCGGCCCAAGGAGGCAGUGCGGCCACGCUACCUCCUGCACCGCGUGCCCGAGUCCGUACAGGACGUCGACUACCAGAUCCCUGGACCGCUGCUGCGGAGAACGUUCUUGAGAUGGCUCCGAGAGGAUGGCAACCUCGUGUGGGCCGCUGACCCGUCGGGCCAGAUGCCCGGCUCGGGAAGACGCGGAGAGGUCUUCAAGUACGAACCGGACUUCAACAUGGCACUCACCGAAGACGAAUGGUUCGCCAAGUGCAUCGAAGGAGGGCCAGACACCACGUCGAACGAGCUGCACGGUGAGGCCAAUUUUUACAUCUUGGUCAACGAGUACAUCGGCGGAGAGGUCAACGAGGUCGAAUUCCAGGGUAAGAUGCGCAAGACGCAGAUCUUCUACCCCGAAGGCGAGGCACAACAGAGAUUCGCGCGCUACCGAGGUGCGAAGCGCGCGGCGCUGCAGCAGUGUCUCUCUCACUUUGACAGCGUCGAGAACGUGGCCAUCCAGAGCCCCUUCCGCAAACUGGUGUUACCGCUUACGAAGAAGCAAAAGAAGCAGGCCGAGGCGGAGGCCGGGCGGAACAUUGUCUACAAACCGCACUCCAUCAAGGAGCCGCCGCACGGUACCAAGCUCGACCCCCUGGGUCUCGCGUACUGGCACAAGCAGAUGCGGGACAGCCAUCUACUCCGCGCGGAGGACAUGAGCAAAAGGACAAUGGCUGACCACCGGGAGUUUUUGGAGGAUAUGGAAAUGCCCGAGGACACGGUGCCACUCCCCCUCAACUUCCUCGGCCCCGUGACCCCCUUCAACUUUUUGAAGGAGGACGAGCAGGAGAUGGUGGCGCGGUACACCCUUCUGCGCACCCUACGCGAGAAGCUGACGAGGGCGUACAACAAGAACCCGAGGCAGAUGCUCGACGGCGUGGUCAAGAACAUUGAGUUUGGGUUCCAGGGGACGGACUCGUGGGACAUGAGGGAGGUGCUCGUCGCCCACCGGGACGAAAACGGUGACAGGUACCUCGGCAUCAACGAGUUUGAGCUGUACUGGAUGGACUUUGUCUGCGGCCCCUCCACGACGGCAAAGGCUGAGCAAGAGGUGCUCCCGAACCUGGGCCGGGAGUUUGAGGCGUUUGUCGCGCGGGUGCAGACGUUGCUGGAUAACCCGAGCCAGGAGUGUCUUCUUGCGGCCCAGGGUAGGAAUAUUGGGCUGCAGCAGGCUGCUCUGGCCCUCAAUUCGGGGAAUCGAAGGGGCGAUUAUGUCUUCAACGAGGAGGCGGUAAACAAGUUCAGCCGGGUGCUUGCUGACCAUGGAAGACUUGGCUACGAACGCGCAGAAACCGGCGAAGUAACAAUAAGCAGGCCAAAAUGCGACUGGCACCCAGAGCACCGCAUGAACUGGGCCGAAGGCUCCGACCCCUGGCACCCCAACACGAACCCAUGGCACCACGCAAACGUCCCGGACCCGGACGACACGUCGGACUGGUCCUCAGCAUUUGACAACGUCCAAAAGAUUGACGCGAGCCGCGAUCUAACCAAGAAGCUGCUAUGGUCUUGCGCCUACCGCGUCGGCAUCGAGCUCGGCGAGCUGGGUAAGAAGCUCGCCUACGUCGACCAGCAGCUGAACAUCCCGCACGAGUGGGAGUACAGAAAGGUGCAGCUUCAGGACUUGGCGGGCAGCUGGGGGAGCAACUUCGCGCGGGAGCGGCCGGGCGAGGAUGGCGUCACGCCGCUCGCGACGUACAAAAGCGUUGUAAGAGCCGGUGAUCCGGGCUCAUGGAAGGAGGAUAUGACGGAGGACCAGGCGAUCGAGCAUGUCCGGAGGGGCGUCAUCGAGGAGCUUUCCCGGGGCGACGGGACGCUGUGGCCCAGCCGGCCGAGGUUCGGCAAGGUGGGCGGCAAGGACGUCAUGACGCUGCACCGCGAGCGCAUCUGGGACUGGGCGAGGCCCGAGGUCUGUGGAAAGAAAAAGAAGCAAUUUUUCUCGAUGAAUAGGUGGCCAGUGCAUUUGCAGAGCAAGGAGAGGCAAGAGGAGAUCCGGAGGAGCGUGACGGACGAAGGGGUGCGGGAGCAGGCGGAAGCUGAGGAGUUGAGGGCAAGGAUGGACAAGGUCGAGGAGAGGGUAAAGCCCACGCCGGAGGAGAUUCGCAGGGCGCAGAUGGCGCGGAUGCUUUCGGUGCCGUAUCAUGAGGGGAACGACGAGCGGACGGAGUUCUUCCCUGGUGAGACGGAGUUCUGGGGCGGAGAUACGGAGUCGCAGAGGUUGGCCAUUGAGGAACGUCUGAAGAAGCUCAUCGACGGAGAGCUGAGCCCCAAUGACAGCACGGCGCCCCGCGGAACGGGCUGGGUCAGUCGCAAGCCGGUGCAGGUACCUGGCAGCGGUUCCCUUGAGUCAUCGGGGAUUGACCCGGGUCUUGUGCCGAGGAGCAUUCCGUCUCGGUUUUCCUUGGCGCCGGGAGGAAUGUCGAGGUCGGUGACGACGGGUGGGGGGGCGGCGGGGGAGAACCGGCCGGCGCCUGCGACGCCCCCCCUGCCUGAUCUCGAGGAACGGCGGCCUCUGUUCCCGCCGCGGUAUCCACCGCGUCAGGGCCGGCGACGAGUGAGAUUCAACGUCGAGGAUGAGGCCAGUGAUGGUGCUUCGGAGUAG